GAUGCAAAUAAUAAUCAUACUGUCACAGAAGCUUACUGUAAAAUAAAAUAAUAAAAUAAUAAUACGGUCAUCAUUUAAUGCCGGCUUCCGCCGCUUCUCCCUCCUUAUCUCUACUCUCACUCACUUCCAAACCUCCUCCGCCUUUCUCCGCCAAAACGCAUCGGCUUCUCCCCACCGUCCCCAAUUUCGCGCCACUAACACUCAAAUCCCUCCGUCGUAACCGUUCAACCAUCAUCAGAGUAGAAGACGCCGACGCCGACGGCGGAGAACCGGACGAGGAGGAAGUGGACAACAAGAAGGACUACGACGUCGAGUACGACCCUACCUUAGCCGCGAGCGUCGGCGCCGGCGACGGGGACAUCGCGUUCGUGCAGAGCAAGAGCUUUGUGUCGACGCAGGGAUGGGACUCGGAGAUGGUGGUUGAUUACAGGAUAAACGAAGACGAGUUUCAUAAGAUCAGCUUGCUCGACUGCGAUUUCUUUAUCAGGAAACCGCCUGAUCCUGAUAACGAUGUUUAUGACUUCAGAGAGAUGUAUGUGACUCCUCCGGAUACGGAUAUUUACUCGAUUCCGAGAGUUCUUGCCCCAAUGCCUCAAAAGUAUAUUCGAUGUGCGAUGAGUGACUAUGGAUGUUACAAUGUUACUGAACCGCCUAUUGAUUCUCCUCGAGAUCCUCUGUAUAAAUCUGAGAGGGAUAUAUCCAAGGUUUUCUUGACGAAGCAUUAUCGGAAUAGAAGAUCAAACGACCCUGAGUUUGUGCUAGACCUUGAAGAGAUCUAUGUGAUUGACUCCAAGACAAAGUCAAUCACCAGAGCCAGAGUUUUGGUGACAGUUCCGGGAGGACGAAAAAGGGAUAGGAAGGAUGACUUGCUCGUGAUGCGAGAUAAUGGAACCUCCUUUAAAAUCAUACACGUGGGGGAAAGAGAUGACCCGACAACGGUAAUAGAAAGGGAAGAGUGGACCAAAACACGAGAAGACAUGGAGAAACAUCUCAGAAAGCUUCGAGACUUCAGUGUCUCAAACUGGUUCUAAAAAAAAACCCGUGAGAAACCAAACCACAAGUUAGUGGAUUUUCUUCCUUAUCCAUAAAUGAUGUAUACAAGGUUGGAAUACGAGAGCAGAAUCAAUAAUAUGGUGGGUAAGAUUCAAGAUGUGUAGUUCCAUGGUAGACAGGGAUUUUUUGACCUCAGGUAAUUUCACUAGCAGCAGAGAUGAAUGUGUUAGUAGAUGAUAUGGGCUCUAGAACAAGUGUGUAGAUGUAACAGUCUUAUGGACAAACAUUCAAUGACUAGAGAAGCUAGUUUAUGCAUAUUGUUACUUCAACAACUAUUCCAAUUUUUGCAACUGAGUUGUUUUUUCAGCGGUCUUUGAUCCAAAUGUUUUCUCUU